UGGGAGUGGAGUGGAGAGACUUGAGAACAGAACGAACAGUCUGUGAUGUGAUGGAAGUAUGGAAGUGGAUUUUUAGGGCGUAGAGUGUUUGGUCGGUUGGUGCAGUCGUGUGCGAGUGCGAGUUCAACAUUUCAUAAACGCUUUUUUUUUCACAAUCGAAGUGUAUUUUUAUAUCGGAUAUCCUAUUUCUGUAUUGUUUCAUUGUUUUAUGGUUGUAAUUGUUAUUACUUUCGUGGAAUGUAUCAUAUUACUUCCUAGAUCACGUUGUUGAAACUUCAUCACCAAAUGGCCGAAUGAACUGUGAACAUCACCAUGUCUUCAGCAAUCUGCCAAAAUUUCGUCCAAAAUGCGUGGAAGAAGGAACUGUGUUCGAAUUGCUUCAAAUCGAAGGAUGAACACGCAGGACGGCCAAAACCUAAACCAAUCACACUAAUUUCCAGCGAAAAAGUCGAAGGAAUCAUCAGAAACGCGUCGAAAUUUCGACCGAAACGAACCGUUUGUUUUACGAAGGAAUUGACGGAGAUUAUCGGUUUUGGGGGCGAAGAUUGGGAGUCGGAGGGUGAGGAUUGCAAAGACGAUGAUUUGUCGUCCAGUGAAGAGGAUUUUAUUGCCGAAUCUGAGGAAGAAGAAGAACGGGAAUUGAAAAGGAUAACGAAAGAAAACACCGAUUUUAACACAAAUAAUUUGAAGGAUGAAGUUGUGGUGAAGAAAACAACCCAGCUUUUGUUAGGGAAACCCCUAGUUGAUGCGUCCGGACGUAAACAAACCUUGCUGGUUUCGGUUACACCAUUCGGUGAAGACACCCAACCCAAAAAAAUAAUCAAAAGUUUGAAAUUGAAAGAGAGUGUGCCUGAGACGAAACAAACUAACGUUGUUCUAACUUCUUACACGAAGAAUGAAGAUAAGGAAGAAAAAUCCUUACUGGAUGAAAUAACCGAGACUUUGGAAAACGGAAAGAACCCGAUCCAAAUCAUGAGUCGCAAAAAAACCCAAAAAGAAAUCACCCUAACUGUCUCAAAGGACGAACCGAAACCCGAGCGAAAAACUACACUUUCCCGCACGCCUGCCUUGAAACGCGACCACGAAAAACCCCUAAUUUACCAAACCUCCACUGCCAAAAUCGAGCUCAAGCCUAAAAUCGACUUGAAACCAACUCCCCCCACCACCAUCGUACCACCCCCUCCACCAAAAUCCAGUCGUGAGCAAGCGGGCGAACCCGACGGCAGAGCCGACCCUGAUACAAUCACCGAACCUCCAGCCCUGCCCUUGACUCCGCCCCCUGCCCUAGAACCACCCACUUUUCUCUACGACAAACCCAAAAUUCCAGCUAAACCGGUUUUGACUAAAACAAACUCUAACGGUUCGGAUGCCGGCUCUCGUGUUAUAAAUAAACGAAAAGCGCCGAAACCACCCGAGGUGCCUGAACCAGCCCCACGUAAGUUUCUUUCGGUUUCGACCGAUAGUUUAGCGAGUGAGGAUAAAAGAAAAAAGGGGAGGUUUUCACUGAAGAAGUUUCUACGGAGAGGGUCGAGUAAAGUCGAUUUAAAGGGUGGGGAGGAAGUGGAUGGACCCCCUUUGCCCAAACCGAGACUAGUAAUCGUCCAUCCCUCUGAAUUAAAUGGGGCUAGAGUCGAAGUUGUGCCAAAAGGUGAUUACCAGAACAUAAGGUAUUCUGAUGGUAACGACUAUGAAAGUUUCGUACCGAAAAAACCACCACCGCCCCCUCGUGACGAUUUAGGGUCGUAUAAGCCGCUCCCCCACCCUCCAAAAUCAGUCGAUGUGCUUAUUAAGCAGAAACAAUACUCCGGGGGUGUCCCGACGAAGAAAACUGAAACUGUAUAUGCGAAUAUAGGGGAAGUCCGGUCAGCGAUUGUUCCGAAUAAGCCGCAAAGAACGGCGAGUAUGCGUGAGAGGGAAGCUCAAGAGAAGAAAAAUUAUGAGUCUGUGGAUGGAGGAGAGAAUGUUUAUGAUUAUAUUAGUGGGAGGUCAAGUUCGCCCGAUUCUGAUUCUAGUCCGAAUAAAAAUAGUCCGACGAGUAAGACUGCCAGGUUGAGUAAGAGGUCAGAGAGUAGUAUUGAUGUGUCCGGGGAGUAUUUCAAGUAUGGGAAUAUUCCAAGAUCGGUCUCGUUGACGUAUUGUGGGAGUGAGACCGAGUCGGAGAUUUAUUCACCGUAUAGCUUUUAUGGCAGCGAGUCAGAGGUGACCGAAGACGACCACGACUGGAUCCAAAACGGUCGCACUCACAAACUGCGUUCGCGUAAAGGCCGAAGCAUCGUCCACAAAAACCUAGAAGACAACUAUGGAGCCGUCAUUGUCGCCAACCAUGAAGCACUAGCACAAGUCUUGGAAAACAUCCAACAAACCACUCACAUUCAGCCGGCACUCAGAGGUCUGAAAACCCUGUCCAAUCUGCGAUGGACUGAUUUUUCCGUAAAAUCUACGUCUCAGCCUCUCGUUGUCGGCUGUCGAACCUUCCAUCAAGCAAUUUGGAACACCCAGCACGUGACUCUUGUAGUCAACACUGGGGCGGUACCAUCAAGUACCCUUACUUUGGGUACAAGCAGUUUGAUGACAAUUACCGAAUUUAGUGAUUUGGUGCCGGCGAAAUUUGUAGGAAAUGAAAGUGAGGAGGAGAAGUUGGUUCAAGCAACUGUAGCAGUUUUGCCUUGGUUGCAAGUCAGUACGAUUCAGUCGUACGGUGAGAGUCUGAAAAAGGGGGCGCAAACUCUUGAAGAAGCCUGGAAAGAUGCAAGUUUUAUUAUGUUGCAGCUUGUGAAUGCCUUGAAGAUUUUGCAAGCUCAGGGGAUUGAGGAGUUGUUGCUGUCGCUAAACAGUUUUGUGCUUUGUAAAGAGAUGGAUAAAGAUAGUCAUCAGAGAUUGUGCGUCUUACAAGGCCUCGGCGAAGACCUCCACCUCGCGUCCACCGACCAAUACGGCACGCUCUGCACGUGCGCCUCCAAAGCCCUCUCCCUCCUCCAGCCCACCGCCAAAACCACCCCCCUCCUCCAAUCCCUCCUCAACAACGAGCGCGCCGUCACCCUCACCCAGGUCAAAUCGAUCCUCGAGUUCUGCCUCUGGGGCCCCUCGGACGUCGCCCUUGGGAGCACCAUCCGCGAACGCGAACUCGCCCUCCAACGCUGGCUCGACCUCCAGCGCGCCACCGUCCUCCACGGCCUCGUGUGCGCACGCGUGCAACUUACCGUCUACGAAGAGUGCCAUCUGUUCUUCUUAGUGCGAAGCAACGCAAGGAUGAUGUGCGACGCCUCUCUCUUACUCGAAUCGUCCAAACAUAAAUGACACAAAUUCGUUCUCAAAUGUUUAUUUUUACACGGUGUGCAGGCAUUUGUUAAUGUUAAAAAUUUUAUUGUAUAUAUUGUUAUUGUAACUGCCAUUUCGAGGUUUUUGUGUUAUUGUCCUUUUUUAUACACUUCAUAUACUAUAUUAUACACUAUAAAUAAAUUAAAAAUGCUUUAUAAUUA